GUGAAGCAGGAGAGGGUACAGUGAGAGAGGUACAACAGUAGCACUGCUCGUGGAAGGGGAGUGAAGGGUGGCUUUGUUUGUUUUUUUUACAUGAACACAAUUCACUUCUAUAAGAGAUGUGGGCAGAAAUAGGGAAGAUAAUGCUGUUACAUUUGUUACUAAUGGAGCUACAUUCUUCAAAAGGGACACAAACGGAUUGUGAGAAUGGUCAGUUUCAAUGCAAAAACGGACGAUGUAUACCGUCCAUCUGGAGGUGUGACGAUGAUGAUGACUGCUCUGACAACAGUGACGAAGAAAACUGUCCAAAGAAGACGUGUGCCACGACGGACUUUGCCUGUAAGAACGGGCAGUGUGUGCCGGCUCGGUGGCGGUGUGACGGGGAGCCGGAGUGUCCUGAUGGCUCAGAUGAAGCAGACUCCACCUGCAGUCGGCAGACGUGCCCGCCCGAGAAGUUUGACUGCGGGGGCCACGCCAGUAAGUGUGUCUCGUUGUCAUGGCGAUGCGACGGCGAGAGGGACUGCGAGAACGGCGCGGACGAGGAGCAGUGUGCGGCAGACGGCAAGGCCUGCUCGGGCGGCGAGUUCCAGUGCCGCAACCGCAAGUGCAUCGCUCCCGUCUUCCUGUGCGACGGCGACGACGACUGCGGCGACGGCAGCGACGAGGAGAAGUGCCCGGCGCCCGCCUGCGGGCAGCACGAGUUCCGCUGCAACAACUCGGAGUGCAUCCCCCGCCCGUGGAGCUGCGACGGCGACGCCGACUGCGCCGACCGGUCGGACGAGACCGUGGAGCGCUGCGGCCGGCGCACCGAGCCGCAGAAGCCCGCCUGCCCCGGCGCCGAGUUCCAGUGCGGCAGCGGGGAGUGCGUCCACCUCAACUGGAGGUGCGACGGGGACGCCGACUGCAAGGACAAGUCCGACGAGGCCGGCUGCCCCCAGGUCACCUGCCGUCCGGAUGAGUUCCAGUGCGGCGAUGGCUCCUGUAUCCAUGGCACCAAGCAGUGCAACAAGGUGCACGACUGCCCGGACUACAGCGACGAGGCUGGGUGUGUUAAUGCCACCAAGUGCGAAGGCCCGCUGAAGUUCAUGUGUAAAAACGGCGAGUGCAUCGACAGCAGCAGGGUCUGUGACUCCCACAAAGACUGCAAGGACUGGUCCGACGAGCCCAUGAAGGAGUGCAGCCUGAACGAAUGCGCAGACAACAAUGGCGGCUGCUCCCACGUAUGCGUUGACAAGCGGAUUGGCUAUGAAUGCGAAUGCCCCUCCGGGUACAGGCUGCUGGACAGGAAGACGUGCGGAGACAUAGACGAAUGUGAGAACCCGGAUGCCUGCAGUCAAAUCUGCAUCAACUACAAAGGCGACUACAAGUGCGAGUGUUUCGAGGGCUACGAGAUGGACCCAGUUACCAAGACCUGCAAAGCAGUGGGGAAGAGCCCCUACCUUAUGUUCACCAACCGCCACGAGAUCCGGCGCAUCGACCUGCUCAAGAGGGACUACACCCAGGUGGUGCCCACCCUAAAGAACGCUGUGGCUCUGGAUGUGGACGUCACCACCAACAAGAUGUACUGGUGUGACCUCUACCACCGUAAAAUCUACAGCGCGUACAUCAACAAAGCCAGUGACUCCUCACAGCAGGUCACCCUGAUAGACUCCGCCCUGCAGUCCCCUGAGGGCCUGGCCAUGGACUGGGUCCAUAAGAACCUGUACUGGACCGACUCCGGAGAUAAGACCAUUUCUGUUGCCACCGGAGACGGAAAGAAGAGGAGGGUCCUGAUCGACACCGAUCUGAACGAGCCUCGAGCCAUCGCCGUUGACCCCAAGCAAGGGUUUAUGUACUGGUCCGACUGGGGAACCCGCGCCAAGAUCGAGAAGGCGGGCAUGAACGGCGUGGACCGGCAGGUUCUGGUGUCGGAGAGCAUCGAGUGGCCCAACGGGAUUAGCCUGGACUUAUCCAACAGACGGCUCUACUGGGUGGACUCCAAGCUGCACCUUAUAUCCAGCGUGGACCUCAACGGGGCCAACAGGAAGGUGCUCCUCUCCUCGUCCGACCAGCUGGGGCACCCCUUCGCCCUGACGGUGUUCGAGGACCGGGUCUACUGGACCGACCUGGAGAACGAGGCCAUCUACAGCGCCAACCGUCUGACGGGGCACGACGUCGCCACCCUGGCCGAGGACCUCAACAACCCGCUGGACGUGGUGGUGUUCCACGAGCUCCGGCAGCCCAAAGCUCCGAACAGCUGUAACGUGGGGAACGUGCCGAACGGGGGCUGCGAGUACCUGUGCCUGAAAGCGCCGCAGAUCACCGAGCACUCGCCCAAGUACACCUGCGCCUGCCCCGACGGCAUGGAGCUGGGCCCGGACAUGCGCCGCUGCGUGACGGCUCCACCACCUGUUAAACCUAAAAUGACGACAGCACAGCCCACAACUACCACCACCACUCCUUCAACAACAACGACUACAACAACCACAACGACAACAACAACUACUACUACCUCCACUAGUCCUACCACUACAACUACUAUCACAACCACCCCACCAGCCACUAUCACUGCCACCACCACCACACAAUCUACAACUAUGUCAACAAGGUCCACCCCCCCUGCUCCCCCCAGCACUGCAUCCAGACAGACGCCACCUUCGACGCCCCCGCCCCCCGUGCACGGGCCUCUCCCCACCAUCCAGACUAACAGCAUUGUGAGGGAGAACAGCAACCUGUCCCAUCGCUCUGGAAGCGAACGCUACCUUCUGGGGAACCACAUAACGGUAGCAGUACUGGGAAUCGUCAUCCCCAUAGUUCCUAUCAUUGCUACAGUGCUCAUCGGCCUGCUCUGCACCGGCGGCUACCUGGUCUGGCGCAACUGGCGGCGGAAGAACACCAAGAGCAUGAACUUCGACAACCCCGUGUACCGCAAGACCACCGAGGAGGAGGACGACGAGAUCCACAUCGGGCGGACGGAGCACAUCGGCCACGUGUACCCUGCACGCGUGGCGCUCAGUAUGGAGGACGACGGAUUCCCCUGAGGAGCGCGUUGUGGUCCCGACCCCUCCUUCCUGCUGUCAGGGGAGACCGGCUGAGAGAGCUGGGGGAUGCAUGCUCGCUCGUAGAGACCCCAUGAGGAGGGGGGGGGGGGUGUCCUCCACCCUCCUUAGGUUAAACAGCGGCCCACCACCUCCUUUAUAAACAAGCUGUUUUUACUUACCGUACUACCACCGCCUCUACUACUGUACUACCAACACGACUACUACUCCCGCUCCUACUCCCCGCUAGCAGUAGCCGAGAAAGCUGCUUAAUGGUGACUAACCUCAUUGCUCAUCAGUGCACAUGUACAUAGAGCCUGAAUUCCUCAAGUACCACUGCAGUACCUUGCGAGGGAUAUCGGCUGUGUUUGUUAUUUGUUUUUGCUUAUUUAUUGUGUUGUCGGUAGUGUAAAUACGAUCCGGGCCGUGCCACCGAUGUGCACGUGGCACCUUUAUGGGCACUGGAAGGUGGGGUGAGGGUGGGUAGUGCCGGAGGGCAGCGCUACAGGGGAGCAGCAGGGCCAAACUCUAGGGACAGGAUUAUGGGAACUCUGCUCUACUGGCAUCAGAGGAAUACAAUAGUUAAUGAUGAGGGUAUGUUUUUUUAUCCAGGAAGACCUGAAGCCUCUUUUGUAGUGUACUGAAUCCCACAGCCUGGUCUGCCUGAUUACUUAAAUUGCAGCACAAUGUCCACCCCACACACAAGACUGAGGAUAGCAGAUAGCAAAGAGACUUGGUGUCAUAUAUUGCUUGGUAAGGGACCGUAAGAGAAAUUGAAUGCUGUCAAGACAGCAAACUGGCUUUUUUGUCCACAUCUCGCUCUUGAAGUUCUAACGUGAGUAAACCUAACUGUGCAAGAUGGAGAUCUAAUGUAAUUUGAGAAUAAACUGAACGGAGAGCAGUCAAAAUCAUCAACUAUUGGGUGUGCGAGUGCAACAUGCUUCCAGCUAUUUUGGUUCUUAUUCAAUAAGCAAUUCUUGAUCCACGUUUUCCAGCUAACCCUGUUGUCUAGAUGUCUUCCAUCUUGACAGGAAUCGGGUGAAGCUUAGAAUAGAAAACAUUUUAUUAUGGUUGUGUUGUUUUGACUGAGGGAAGGUGCCGUACAGUAGUAGACAUUCAUUUUUACACAGAGAGCUGCUUUUCAACCAGCAUGGUUCUUGAAUACUUCUUAAGAGAACAAAGAGUCUUCCAUGCAUUUCGAGUCUCUGUUCCUGUGCUCUCCACAAAUCAGUCACAGGCCGGAUGAGAAUCCACAAUACAACGCUUUCUCGUUUAAGCAGUUUUGUUACAUGAGGAAAGAAGAAUAUUUAUUUUUAUGGUUGUACAAUUUCAUCUUUGUAUUUGUAAGUACAGUGCAUAUAUAUUUCUACAUGUUGUAGCAAAUGUACUUUUUCUUGUCUACUGAAGGUGGCAGAGAUAGAAAACGAUAGUUUCCUGGUUUUUGUACUUGAACCCUAGCAGUCACAGUCCUUCAGCCCCCGGAGCCCGCAGCUCAGAAAGGCUCAUGGGUAAAUUCUGAUGUGAGCGGCAGAGGAAGCACAGCUCUGUUUUAUCAUCCUUCUGUUACUGUGGCCUGCAGCUAAAUGUUGAGUAGAUUGAUCUUUCAGUUUUUGUUGUUGUUUUUUGCUUAUACUUAAUGAAUCUACUUAUUCUUAACCUACUUAUUCUCAGAGGAAUGUGUGUAUAUAAAUAUAUAUAUUUACAGAAAACGCACACAUACAUACACACACACAGAAAUACUGUUGUUAUGGUACAGUAUAUGGUACGUGGUGCUGAAUUGCCCAGCAGCUGAUUAGUUGAUGCAUUGCUACCAUUGAUUAAGGCUUUCCUCUCUCGGUUGGAAGUGUCUGCUUGCUGGUGAUGCCAGGGCUUGUCAUAUGGGGGGGGGUGUCUGCUUUGGUAAGUCUGGAUUUGUAUGGGCAGAUCCAAUCACAGCACACAGCCCUCACAUGGAAAGUGGUUAAUUUUCUCAGAGCUUACAGACUUUCCCCCUUAAUUUGAUCUGCUUAAUGUGUGUGCAGUUGAGCUGUCUUUCCAUUCACUCCUGCGCCUGCCGUCUGUCCAGACCCUCCUCGGGACCCCCCUUUGGCUGCAGUGCUGGCGCACCACCGCGUGUGGUGGCCUGGAGGUCCUGCUGGCUUUCAGCUGUAAGCAGUAGUGAUUAAGCCUGCUAGCGAGAGGGUAACAUCUGGACAUGUGAUUGCCUGCCCUGCUUAACCUGUCAGAGUGCUCUGUUUGUGGGGGGAUCUUCUGUCUGGCACACCUUCCCCAGCCUUAGGCUCUGUGACGCACUGUGUACAGUGACGUACACAGGUGGCUCCUCUUCUGAGACUCCAAACAUAACCCCAGUGUCAGAUGUUCCAUUUGUUUUUCACUGCAGUGGCUGAUUGGGGUUAGGGGAAUGGGGCACUUAAUUUUUCUGUUGUUGAUGCAUGACUGUGGGCCGCACUUAAUUAGGCCUUAAUUUCUGGCCUGAUACAAAUUCUCUGAGGCAGCUGAUGACCUGCAGUGGAGGUCCUUUCUUUUCCUGGUCUUGGUUCAACAGGGAGACAGCACUCCACAAGCCACAGGGUCAGACUUCUUCAGUCCAGAAAAAAAAAAAAUCUGAAUUUGUCUUUUUGGCCAGUAUUCCUCACACAGGGUAUCGUGAGUCCCACAAGUCACCAUACAAUAGUGCUUUAGUAACACAACUGUUCAAAUCUGUGCUUGGUUUUUACGCGUCCGUUCUUCGACUUGUUGUGCGCAUGAAACGAUCAGCUCAUUACCGGCUAGUUCUCCUGGACAGGAGUCUGUAGACCUGCGUAUGCUCCUUUAUUUGUGUGGUAGGGGGCGGAUAAAUGUAGUGGCUUGGUAACAGUGGCAUGCCAUGAGAACGCCCAAGGCCAUAGUGGAUGCGCUUGACUGAUUUGAAGAGCAGUUUAUAAUGAAACACUUAAUGUGUGUUUUUUUUUUUUUUUACUGCGUACAUCAUUAUAGUGACAUCAUAAACAGAAGGAGCCUUGAAUGGUUCUUCAGUCACAGAAGGCUUUGGGCAUGUUUCUCAGUCCAUGGCCACUGCUACGCCAACCUACCAUAGACAUCUAGCCACUAACCAUCCUUUCGAUCUCUUAUUCUAUGCAUUAUAAAUGGUGAUUCUUGCUCAAAUUGAAUAGGAAUUCAUCAGUGCUGCUCCAUCAUCCUCCAUUGCGACUAACCGUAGAUCUUCGUGCUUCACCAUGCUUUAAUUCCCAUCGCUGUGCACACUUUUGUUUUGAAAGGGCUAUCUUUUCAAACGGCUAACACUCAAACAACAGGAGGACAAAAAGAAACCUGCGUGACCUUUUUUCCCCCUGCAGAGUUGUGGUUGUCUCUUCUCCUGCUGUGAAAGACCCAGUGUUUUACUGUGAAAGGACCCUUGUGAUUAUACAUGACCGUAUCUGUUUUUGUCCAGUGAUUUUCUAGCUGGUUGUCCUGGUUUUGUGACUGUCACCCUCCUCCAUAUCUAGUUCAUAUUAAUUGAUGUGUAUUACUUGAAAACAAGGAUCAGGCUCCUCUUUUGUACCUGUCAAUGUAAAUGGGAUUUAGGGAGGGUUACUAGGGUGGGUCAACUACUAAAGGGGUUGGGGUUUGAUCAUUUUCACAAGGAAGGAUCAAGUAUUUUGGAUUACGUUCAUUCCACAGCCAUACUGAAAACAUUUUGUAUGCCGUUUGUUGCACAAACUUUUCAAAAUGCCUUCUGCACUGUGUAAAUGAGAACUUGGAAGGGGAAGAGGGUGAUUGUUGCAGUCAAAUAGUUUGGUUUUGAAUCAUGAUUUGUAAAUAUGUUUUCAUACUGGAAAACUUUUGAUAAUGUUUUAAACAUUUCUGUAAAAACGAUGUGUAUAUAAGUCUCCAGAAAAGAGUGUAGACCAUAUAUGAAUUUAUUUGUACACAAAAGCACUGGAUUUCUUUACUACUUGAUUGUAACUAAAAUUAAUAAUCUGCCAAAGUGUUUUUAUUCUUUUUUCUGUAAGGUAUAAUUUUGUUUUGCUUUUUAACAGUCAAAUGUUGCAGAAGGUAGGGUUGUCAUAAUGUAUUUUAUUGUUUAAUAGAUUUGGUUGUUUUUAAAGAGGGGUUAUCAUUUAAUUUAUUGGUGCCUUGUUUGUGUUAAUGUACAUUUUCCUGUAUUUGUUUUUUGGUGUAUGUGUCUGUAGGUGGGUUGGGAAAAGGGAGGGGAAUUAUACUUAGCAACUUCUGUACUUACAUUGAAUAUCUGUACUGUAUGCCAAAAUGGUCACACUCACGUUUCUAUCAAAUCAAGCUGUUCAUAAAUAUCUCUAUAUAUUGAUAUAUUAAAUUUGUAAAAAUCACAUAA